AUGAAUAGAGAAUAUAAUACUGAUCAGAUCGGAGAGCUCAAUGGUGACGACUACGAAAUCGGAGGCGCUCUUGAACCAAACGUUGGUCGCCUUCACAAACUGAUUAAUGACAAAGGACGUUCUAAUGCAGAGUAUGAUGAAGAAGUACUACUUUUGAAGCUUUCAUUUCUAAACAAAGAUUUGCAGCUCGCCAAAUAUUAUGUACGGGAACGGAUGCGCCUCAUUGAGGAAGGAGUCAUCAAGGACAAAGAAAAGUACGAGAUUGUGGAAGUGGACGAGGGAAAUUUUAAAUGGAAGUUCAAACCGAAAAUUCAAAAAAGCUUUGCAGAAUGA